ACUCCGGCUACUUCCUUAAAAACGAUAGUGUUUGAAUCUCCAAAUUUUCAUUUUGGAUACAACUGCACGAAAGUGUAUUCCAACACGUUACCUCGCAACGGCUUUGAUAUGGAUGAUGCAGCUACGGCUUGCGAAGAUCUGAAGUUUUUUGAAAGGAGAUUAACCGAAGUAAUAUCACACCUUGGUCCAAGAUGCACGCGCUGGAGAAUAGUACUGCUGCUUAUAUCUCUUUCUGCUGUGCUUACUUCAUACAACUGGAUAGCUGACCCAACGUUGCGAACGGUAUCGUUAUGGGAAUCGCUACAAAGUCAUCCAGUGUUCAGUGUGAGCGUGCCCUUACUAUUCAUUCUAUUCACAGCAUUUGGUAUUCACAGGAGAGUUGUCGAACCGUCAAUAAUCGCCCGAAGAUGUCGUGAAUCGUUGUCGUACUUCAGCUUGAGCUGCGAUGAUAAUGGAAAACUAAUUGUGAAGCCGACUGUCCGGAUGUCAUCCCCUUGA